GGUUAUUCUGUGAUCGAUUAAUAAAAUCAUCAUUAUUUUUUGACAAUGAUGUUUUUAUUUGUUCCAGAUGGUGGAACCAGUGACAAGUCGCUAGUGAGACCAACUGCUCAGAUGCAUGUGGCCAACCUCGAUGACUCCUCUUCGGAGUCCAGUGGCAGAAGCUUCGUUAUUCUAAGAAAUACCAAGACAGCUGACGGUGGACAUAUUUUGUUGAGGACAGAUACAAUCAAAAAGGCGAAAAAUGGAGUCCGCCUGGAUGAAAACGACACAACUCCUAGCGCAACCUUAGUCAGCAACAACCACCGCCAACUGCUCCUCCAUUCCCAGCAAGGCGUCCUGGUGCACUCCGUAAAGCGCCUCCCUUCAGGUACCAUCCUGCUUCUGGGAGGUAACUCAGGAGGCGGCGAAGGCGGUCACAUCCUCAUACAGACCUCGCAAGCUGCACAAUCGAAUCCGUCUCGUAACAGAGAGGAGGAGCAACAACGCCGUGGUAGCGUGGAGGGAGGCGGCGAUGAUAUAUUGGUGAAGGCUUUGAAGGCGAUUGAGGAGGGCGGAUCUAAGAGUGGAGGGGGUGCUGAUACGACUGGAGGGAGUGGUUGCGUGAGGGCAGCGCCUUGUACCUCAGGUGAGUGAUUCAUUUU